AUGAGGCUAUUGCGAUCUUCCUUAAUCUUGGCCGUGGCUAUAAGCCUGGCCACGGCAGAGGAGAAGGCAGAAAAGGAUUCAAAGGCUGAACCAAAACCUGUGGAAGAAAGUAAAAAGCAGGACAAGAGAGGUCUUUCAGAAAUUGGCGACCACGGUGGGUUCGGCGGUUUUAGCGGUGGUGGUGAUUUUGGAGGGGAGCAACAUAGUUUUAGUGGAGAACAUAGCUUUGGUGGGGAACAAAGCCUCGGUGGAGAACACAGUUUUGGUGGAGAACACAGUUUUGGAGGAGAGCACAGUUUUGGUGGAGAAAACAACUUUGGUGGACAACACAACUUUGGUGGAGAACACAGUUUCGGUGGAGAACACAGUCUCGGUGGAGAGCAUAGCUUUGGUGGAGAUGGUGGCAACUUCGGUGGAGAACACGGCCAUGAAGUGCAUCACGAGAAAACAAUCACCGUUGUCAAGAAAGUGCACGUGCCUUACCCAGUAGAGAAACACAUCCCCGUGCCCGUCGAGAAGCAUGUGCCAGUGCCCGUUAAAGUACCAGUCCCUCAACCGUACCCUGUAGUGAAGACAGUACACUACCCCGUUAAAGAGUACCACAAGGUACCGGAAUACAUCAAGAAGCCAUACCCAGUGACGAAGCACGUACCCGUACCAGUCAAGGUGCAUGUUGACAGACCCGUCCCGGUAAAAGUGUACGAACAGGUUCCCUAUCCCGUCGAGAAACACGUUCCUGUGCCCGUAAAAGUACAUGUACCACAACCUUACCCAGUGGAAAAGGAAGUGCAUUUCCCGGUGAAGGUCCCUGUCAAGGUGCCCGUGCCUUACCCAGUUGAAAAGAUCAUCCAUUAUCCAGUUAAAGUGCCAGUUGACCGACCUGUACCGGUGCAUGUUGACAAGCCCGUACCAGUGCACGUUGAAAAGCACGUGCCCUAUCCAGUUGAGAAGGUAGUACACUAUCCGGUGAAGGUCCCCGUUGAUAACCCAGUUCCUGUGCACGUGGACAAACCAGUGCCCUACCCAGUUAAAGUUCCAGUGCCGGCCCCCUACCCCGUGGAGAAGGUUAUCCCCUACCCAGUAGAAAAGAAAGUGCCUUAUCCCGUGAAAGUACCAGUUGAGAGGCAUGUACCUGUACACAUUGAAAAGCAUGUGCCAUACCAUGUCGAAAAGCACGUACCGUAUUCAGUGAAGGUGCCAGUGCCAAUCGUUCAGCACGAGGAGAAGCACGAAUUUUCCCAGGGAGGUCACGAAAGCUUUGGGAACUCCGGAAGUUUCGAAGGACACUUUGGAGGCUCCGAAGGGGGGCAAGAACAUGAGUUCCAUCACUAA